AACCUUUCACUCUCGCGUCCUCGCUCUCUCUUUUCUCCUCUCCUCUCCAGCGCACUUGCCUUGCUCCUGACAACAAGUUGUUGGAAAUGGUGCUUAAGUCAUUCAUUGAAGUCCACCCUGACUCGCACUUCCCGAUUCAGAACCUUCCCUACGGCGUCUUCAAGCGCGAAACGGCUUCCGAUCCCAGACCGGCCGUUGCCAUAGGAGACUAUGUGCUCGAUCUCUCCGUCCUUGCGUCGGCCGGUCUCUUCCACGGCCCGCUUCUCAGCAACUCUGACUGCUUCAAUCAGCCUAAUCUCAACAAAUUCUUGGAAUUGGGGCGUCCUGCGUGGACUGAAGCUCGUACGACACUGCAAAAGCUAUUGUCAGCUGAAGAGUCAAUAUUGCGUGAUAAAUCUAGUUUGAGGGAGAAAGCACUUGUGCCUAUGAGCCAGGUCCAAAUGCUUCUUCCCAUUGCAAUAGGGGAUUACUCGGACUUCUUUGCAUCUAAACAUCACGCAUAUAACUGCGGGGUUAUGUUUCGAGGGCCAGAAAAUGCAAUCAACCCUAACUGGUUUCACAUCCCUAUUGCUUAUCAUGGACGUGCAUCAUCUAUUGUCAUCUCUGGCACUGAUAUAAUAAGACCAAGAGGGCAGGGCCAUCCAGCUGGAAAUUCUCUUCCGUAUUUUGGACCUUCUCGCAAGUUGGAUUUUGAACUGGAAAUGGCUACUGUAGUUGGUCCUGGAAAUGAGUUGGGGAAACCUGUUGAUGUCAAUGAAGCUGCAAACCAUAUAUUCGGACUUGUCUUGAUGAAUGACUGGAGUGCUAGAGACAUUCAGGCAUGGGAGUAUGUGCCUCUUGGUCCUUUUCUGGGCAAAAGCUUCGCCACGACUCUAUCCCCGUGGAUUGUGACCCUAGAUGCUCUGGAACAGUUUGCCUUAGAUGCUCCACAGCAAAAUCCCACUCCCUUGCCCUAUCUUGCGGAGAAGAAAUCCCAAAACUAUGAUAUCUCCUUGCAGGUCUCCAUUGUACCAGCUGGACAGAAAGAUGCACAUGUCCUUACCAGAAGCAACUUCAGACACCUAUAUUGGACGAUAACUCAGCAACUUGCCCAUCAGACUAUCAACGGUUGCAACUUAAGGCCUGGCGACCUCCUUGGAACUGGAACUAUUAGUGGACCGGAACCUGAUUCUUAUGGGUGCUUACUAGAGCUAUCCUGGAAUGGACAAAAACCAUUAUCUUUCGGUGGAACUAGUCGUACUUUUCUGGAAGACGGAGAUGAAGUCAUUUUCACUGGCUACUGCAAGGGUGAUGGUUAUAAUGUUGGCUUUGGAACAUGCUCCGGGAAGAUUCUUCCUUCGCUACCUUAAGAACUGCUUCAGUUUUCGGCUGUAUCUGCUUCAGAUUGUACUUGAUUGUUCUCUGAAACUGUAUCAGUAGUGAAUAUGAAACGGGCAAAUAAUUGGAUAUUCCCCACUGAGUAUGCAAAAUAGAGAAGUUCUAUUCA